GAAAUAAGGCAUUUAGAGUAUAGUAAUUGUUUAAUACAUAAAAGAAAACAUAUCUAAAAAAAUUUAUAAAUUACUUAUUUAUAAUUAUUUCUUAAUAGCUUAUUCUUAAAUAAAUAACAUCGAGCUUAUAAAUAAAUAAUUAUUUUAGUUUAAUAGUAUAAAUAUUCAAUGGCAAGAAGAAGAAAAUCUAGAAGCAAUAGCGCAUCUUCAUCAUCAAGUUCUUCCUCAUCAUCAAGUAGUGGAUUAACUUCAUCAGGAUCUUCAUCGUCCUCAGAUUCCUCUUAAUCUUCUUCUUAAAGUAGAAGCAAAAGCAAAAAGAAAGAAGAUAAGUCUAAAAAAAAUGAUAAUAGCAAAUAAACAUCUAAUUACUCAAAAAACAAUAAAGCACAAAGCAGUACAAGCAACAACAACAACAAUAAUCGUUAAUCAAAAAAGGAUUCUAAAUAUAGCAAGUCCCGCUCUCGUAGCAGAAGUAAUAGAAGAAAUUCCCGUAGCAGACGCUCAAACUCAAGAGAUAGAAGAUCAAAAGACUAUAGUUCCAAUAAUAAUAGCAAGAAGUAUCCUAGCAGCCGUUACAGUAAUAACACGUCUUCUUAUCAAGAAAGAAGACAUUCAUACAAAAAGGAAGAAAAUAACAAUAGGAAAAGAAGCACUUCAAAAGGUAGAAAUACAUAUACUGACAAGGAUAAGUCUAAGCGUGAAAAAAGUAAACAUAGCGAAAGUGGCUCAAGUAGUUCUAGCAGUAGAAGUAGUAGCUCAGUUUCAAGCAAAUCCCGUAGCGUUUCAAAGAAGUAAAAAACAGAAAAGAAAAAAUCACCUUCAAAAAACAGAGAUAAAAAAAAUUCAAGCUCAAAUAAUGAUAAAAAAGUGAGCUAAUAAUAGCCCGAAACCCGUAAAGAAAGUUAGAUUCUUGAAGUACAUUCAAGCAGAUAAAUGAAUUUAGAGGGAGAAAUUAAAAUUACCAAAAAGAAAAGCAGCAGCAAUGAUAGAGAAAGAAAGGAUUCAUAUAAUUAAAAGUAAUAACAUAGUAAUAGCUAAAAGGAAUAAAAGCAAACAGAAAAAAAGAAAUCUCCAGAAAAGGAAGAGAGUAAAAAAAGAAGAAGCUCUAGCAAAAAGAAAGAAGAUAAGAAUUCAAAUAAAGAUAAUUAAAAUAGGAGAAGCAGCAAAGAUCGCAAUGAUUCUACUAAGGAUAAAGAUGUAAAAAAUAAUUAAUCGUCUCGCUACCGCAGUCCUGAUUCAAAAAGAAAACAAGAAAGAAGUUUAUCGAAAAAGAGAUCUAGAUCUCGUGAUCGUCGUGAUAGCAGAAGAGAUAAUAAUAGUUAUCGUAAUUAAGAAAACAAGAACUCUUAUAGAAACAGAUCUAGAGAUAGAUCUCCUGUUUCUAAGUCUUCCAAAUAUGAAGCAGAUGAAAACAAAGAUAAAUACAACAAAAAACCUUUGAGUGAGAAUUAGCCAAAAGAAGAAAAACAAACUGAAAAGAAAACUACAGAAGUAAAGACCGAGGAAGAAGAAGGAGUUGUCAAAAAAGGAAGAGGAUUCUAAUUUAAUAGAGCUUCUGGACUUAUGGGAUGGAAGGAAGAUGAUGAAGAAGAAAAUGACAAAAAACUAAGAAGGGAUAGAUCAUUUAAGAAUAGAUUCAAUCAGAGAAGAGAUAGAGACAGUUUCUAGGGAAGAGAUAAAAGAUACUAAAACAAGGAGAAUAAAGAAUGGAGACAUGAUAAAUUCGAAUCUGUAAUUAGAUCACCAAGUGACGGAAAAAAAUUCAAAGAAAGAGAUUCUCCCACAUAUGAUUGA